GCGAAAAUGAUGGUGAUGGUGAUGAGAGAAAUUCCCAAUUUUUGGUUUCAUGCUUAAGCAGAAAAGGAGUUUACGGGAACAAAACACGAACUUUGAUGUGGCAGUCAAUGAUUAGGAAACGAGGUCAGAUCUUGUUGUUUUGCUGCGAAUAUAUAAACGAGAAAUAUGCUGGAUUUUUGGAGGCGAGUAGGUUGGACGGUGUGCCUCGUCUGGGAUGAGACGGUCCUGAGUCAUGGGAUGGAAGGGGAUCUGAUCUCGAGGGCAAGGGCUGGGGGAGGAAAUGUGGGCAGUGCUCGGCUCUCAGCGCUCGCGAAGGCAGAAUCGUUGGAGGACGCAGCAACCAGGGCCAGCAAUCGCUGUUCACUCGACAGGCUGGUGCAGAGGCGCAAGACUUCGACGACCAUGGCAAGCUUACUCCAUUUAGCGACCACCUUGUGGCGGCUAUGCCACGAGUCACAUGGUCGACUCAUCAGCGCCAUCCCCUUCAGAUUAUAUUUAGCUUUUGUCUCCGGCCUUAUUUUAGCUGCUGCUUCUGCUGCUGCACCCCCUCUUCUCAUGCGCAUCACGUUCGGUCUAAUCUCCUCUCUCAGCUUCCGUAGGACCGAACCCUCCCUCCCUCCCUCCUUUCCUCCCUUCCUCCAUUCUCACUCUUCAGCCCUCGACUCUUCAGCUCUGCACGUGAACCGAGACGUCGCUGCUGCUGCUGCUGCUUUAUCUGAGGAAAAAGAAUAAUCAGAGUCUCGAUGGACAAAAUAAAGAGGCUCUGGGUCUGGGUCUGGGUCUGGGAGAUAGCGCGUUCAUGGGAGACCUGAAAAAGUGAACGCCAUUAGUCAGCAUAGUGUUCUGCAUCAAACUCCGCAUGCUUAUCGGAAUUCAACGAAACUGUGCCGGAAUUCUCAUCCUCCACGUCUCAUUCUACUGCUAACUUAUCGACUCUGCACAAGUUUAGCUUGAGAGAGAUGACGUUCAGGUAGAUUGUGCAUGCACCUGGUGUGGAUAGCUCAUCCGGCCAGAUAGUCAUCCAGGCAGGCAGCCAGCGGGCUAAUUAUCAGCACCGCCAUACUAGACAGCAUGGUAGCUACAAUCCAUUCAUUUCGAUUUUCUUUGUCAUCUGUUGGCACUUGGAUUCCAUAAGUACCUGAAUUUCAAUUUGCUGAUGCUUUGUGCACUUAUAACAAUAAUAAUUUCUCAUAAUCAAGAUGAGGGUCGCCUCGCUAGUGCAGUAAUGAAUGCUUGUGGACUCGUUCCACUUCAUUUCAACAAAGCGGGAAGCGGUUUUCUGCGUCAAUAUAAAACCUUGAACGAAUUGAGACAAAUGUCAGAACCCGUAAGGAAGGAAGGAGUGUCAAUGGUGGGCACGUCGUCGUCCUCGGCAUGCUCUGGCUCAUGCCGAGCACAACGUACUCAGGUGGAACGCAUGAAUUCAAUUAACAGCCGCAGAGCAUGAGAUCGUCACCAUACACCCACCCACGCACGCACGCAGUCCAUGCAUUAAUGCCCUGAAAUUAGUAGAUGAGGAAGAUGAAGCAAUUGGGGCGGACGUGCAUGGUGGACAGUUAAUGAUUGCCAAGUGACAACGAACGGAGCGGAACAGAGCAGAGCAAGAGGGCGGGGACAUGCAGAAGGCGUCGAUGCGAUGCGCAGGAAGUGGGGAGAGAAGACUGUAGGCAGCAUAAAGCAUAGAGCGAUGCGUUUGGAGUCCGAGCUUGCGAUCAAAGGCUGGGGGAGGGAUCGGGACGAGGAGAACCUGCGAGAUUCGAGACGGAUCUCCCCGGCCCCGAACCAGCUUCGAGCGCAAGGCAAGGCAAGGCAAGGCAGGGCAGGGCAGGGCAGGUCAGGACGAGCAGAGCAAGCGCGUUCGUGCCCGCGCACAGUGGCGGCGUGUGCAGUCGGUGGGACACGAGUCCAGGGCUCGAGCCGGCUGAUCGAUCGACGACGACUGGCCAGCGCAUGACUGCGAGCGAGGGUCGGAUCCCGAGACAGUCAUUCGUAUCCAGAGUCUCUCUCUCUCUCUCUCUCUCUCUCUCUCUCUUUUUCUCUCUCUCGCUCUCUCGCACGAAGGUUCGGAUGCUGGUGGCACCACCAGCACCAGCCACAAGAGCCACAACAGCGAUCGCUGCCCCGCUCGGUCGGUCAGUCAGGCAUUCAGUCAAUCAGUCAAUCACCCGACGAUCGGAUGCGGUCGACCCGGGCGGGCGAUGAUGGGUCCUCUGUAGCAACGCUCCGGUUCCGGAGAGACAUGCUGCACAGGAGCGCUCACUGCUGAUGAGAGCUCGUCGCCGGGUUUUGGCAUCGAUCGAUCUUCUGGCCCCUGAGACUUCUUCCACUCUCUCUUUCUCUCUCUCCUUCUCUCUCUCGCUCUCUCUCUCUCUCCCUCCGCCAUCUCGGUCUCGGCUGAGUCUGAUCGAGAUUCUGGGCAGGGUCGUACUUAAAGGGAGGGAAUUGGUCUCUGGAGUUUCGUUUCGUUUCGUUUCUCGAGUUAUGUAGAGUAGAGUAGAGUAGUGGGGAGGAGUGGAGUGUAGAUCACAUCGAUGGACAGAUGUGGAGUGCAGUCGAUGUGGCCGGCUGCUAGGGGCUAGAGCGAACUCAUGCGAUUGGGCUGGAAUGCGAGGACUCGUUGCUGGUCCAUCAGGAAGAGGAGGAGGAGGCUAGAGAAGAAGCUCGACGGUGUUGUGUAGCAAGCAACACCCGCGCUCGUGCUCGUGCUCGUGCUCGGUGAGUUGUAGCACGGAGCAUCAUGAUUCCGAGGGUUCUCAAGGCGUGCUGGUACCCGAAGGAGAACCUCGGUUGGAUCACUGGCCGGCGCCGCAAGGGCCUGCCGGGCCUCGAUGGCGACCAGUGCCUCAUGGGCCCGCGCGACUCCACCAGUGAGAGCCCUGAUUGGCUCGCAUGCAACGGCUACAUGCCCGACGUGAAUUCGCUCCGUGGGUCCGAAGUCAGCUACGCGAUCUACGUGAAGGACGGGCUGGGCGAGUGGGCGCUCAUGCUGCCCCCGCCGCCGAUCCCCGUGGACGCGGUGAUCGACUUCGAGGAACUGCGUCGGUCCAUCGGCGCCAGUCAGGCGGAGGUGAGGCGGCGCAUGAGGGAGCCCAUGAACCAGAAGGGCAAGGGGAUCUGGUUCAUCGACAACGUGGUGCCGACGUACCUGCGCCACGUCCUGCUCACGCGGUUGGACGCCAUCGCCAACAAGCCGCACAAGGACUUCCACCCGGGCACGGACCACAUGGUGCAGGACCUCAUCCACCCGUCGCUCUUCUCCUACAUCGAGGGCCUGUCCCCGGUGAAGGACCCGACCACGUGCCCCGCCACCACCAAGUACCAAAACUGCAGUCCUCGCGACCUCCUCCGCCACCGCGACCACGGCAGCCUGGAGCGCGAGUUCGAGCAGCGCCGCGACGACGAGGAGUCCAAGUACCAGUGGCUGCCGUCGCAGUUCCACGUCAGCCCCAAGGGGUCGGUCCAGAUCAAGUCCUACGUCAACAACCUGGACGGCGAGACGAACGCCGACUUGUACACGGCCAUCGAGCUGAUGUUCGAGCUGUUCCUGCCCAUGUUCGAGAACAUUCUGCCAGGCAAGCAGCUGCGCGGGCGCGAGCUGCAGGUCAUCGUCAAGGCGGCCAACUACGUCAUCCAGCCCAAGGGCCACAUGUACGAGGGCGUGUGGCACGUGGAGGGGCUGGCGCACGAGCACAUCGUGGCCUCGGGGCUCUACUACUACUCGACCUCGGCCUGCCUCAAGGACGGCGGCCUCGAGUUCCGGCCCUACCGGCGCGACCGCGAGCUCAACCCCACGCCCGAGGGCGAGCUGGCCGACGACGUCGAGCACCUGCCGGAGCUACCGGAGCUACCGCGCGACGCCCGCUCCAACCGCGGUCGCCUGGCUAGCCUGCGACGGCGUGAGUGGCUGCGCGUACGCAGUUUGGUGGCGUCGGUGCCGACGCUCGAGCACCGGCUGCUCGUGUUCCCCAACAAUCUGCAGCACAAGGUGUCGGGCAUCGUGAACGACAGCGAGAGCGAGGUGGGCGUGAGAAAGACGUUCAUGUUCUUCCUCGUGGACCCGGACGUGGAGAUCGUGUCCACGCGCGACGUGCACGAGCAGCAGUGGGACAAGCUGCGCCCGCAGCAGCGCGCUGCCCUAAACGAGGUCGCGCAGGCCAUCAUCGGCCGCAGCCUCCCCGUCGAAAUUCUGGACGAGAUCAUCUCGCGCGCUAAGCGCGGCCUCACCAUGGCCGAGGCCCGCGCGCACCGCCUGCAGCUCAUCAAGGACCGCCACAUGAAAUUCGCCUUCGACAACGAGGAUUACUCCUGAUUUGAUUCCUCCCCGAAUUCUCGACCUCGGACUCAUCCGGACUUCUCAUUCAGCUUUCUUCUUUGCAUCUGAAUUUAUCUCUUCAUCGAAGGAUGUGCGUAUGAUCAUCUUCGCGCCUGCACGUUUGCCUGAAGUCGAGGGCGAUCGAUCGCCCUUUUGGCAUGCCUUUUUGGAUGGAUCGAUGGGGCAGAGACAUUUGUGGACCUCGCUCUCCCCUCGCCGCCCAAAAUCUGCAGUUGUAGAAGGCCUUUUUGGACCCGAGUUCUCUCAACUGGCGUAGCAGACGACCGAACUCUUUCGCAAUUGCGGUGGAUUGAGUCGCAAUGCGCCGCUCGAUGCCGACUCAUCCAUGGAUGCCCCACUCGGAGGUGCUGGUGCUACACAUGACGAUGUGUAGAUACAACUCUUGGGAUUGGAACAAGAGCCGACGAGAGUGGAAGGAAGGAAGGAAUGAGAGUGGCAGAUUCUCGCCUGACCUGCCGACUUCCGUUGUAUAUGUCACAGCUGCUCGAUGGCUCCGUUUCAGCUUGUGACUUCAGCAGCACCUCGAGGAUCCGAACCUCUGGCAUGUUUCCUCGCAGGGACCUUGGAUUCUAAGCCUCAGCCGCCGAAGCAGAAGCAUUAGUAGCUUCUGAUGACAAUGAUGAUCAAAAUGACGCUGCUAGUGACAGAGUUUUACCAGUGGUAGGCGCAUUCUCGGAUUCGCACCUUCUGUGUACAUGACACGUCGAUUCACGCUCAGGAUCGACCACGAGGAUCAUAGAGCACACGCAAAAGGAUUAUCUCACCUGGAUGCAUGUUGUGUUUCGUGUUCAUGUAAGAUUUUUACGUGUAAAAUUACCGUAGCACAGAGGCACUCGGACAGCCUGUUUUCAAGACGUGCCUUUGUAUGAACAUAACCAUCUCUGUCGGUCCCAUCUCUGUGGUCGAUGCCGUCGCCAACACUUGACAAUUAGUUCAACGCACUCAUUCUGUAUGCCCAACUGAUUGCCGAGAUGGCUCAUGGAUGGAGGUUUGCUGCUCCCUUUAGCCCUCCUUCUCUGCACAAACGCUGGAAGUGGAUCAUCCCCUUCGCCAAUUCCGCCUUGUGAUUGUCCUACCUCCGAAGAAUAAACGCGCUGGGCCGAAAGGUUUUUUCAUAAUCACGGGAAAAUGUCAUUCUCGUGGAAGGGAAUGCUGUCCAGCUUCUCCUGGGGAAUUGAUCGCUGCUGUCGUACAUCAAAGGACGACCAGGAUUCUUGAGAGCAAGGAACAACUGAAGCUGAAGCACAUUCCUUUACCUUCUCAUCCCAGAGACAACACCAACUAAACCAAAGCGAGAAGCUCCAGAAUCACGCCCGGUGUUCGAUUUGCACUGCGUAUAACAGAGAGAAGAGAUUUGUAUCAAUGAGAGACGAAACACUAUCUGACAGAAAUUGGAGAUGAAGACCGCGCCAGAAUUCCUGGAUCUUCUGGAAGGAGAGAAGUCAUGCGAUUCAUGGAAGAACUGAGAGAUAAAAUAUAACGCAACGAGAGGACGGAGUCACAGAAGAUCGACAACAUGCGCAACAAGACAACGAGAUGCGGUUAGCCAGCCAAGCCCACCAGAUUUUGUAGGUACAAGAGCAAGAGGAAAAAGACAUUGAGGUGUUCUGGAGCCAAGUAGGAAAACAGAACAGAACAUCGAUCGUGGGAAUGCAUACUUGCAAAUGAACGAGUCUUCUCUCCAGAACUGCAGUAUACUUUCAUCAGUAGACUUUUGAUUUUGGGCCAAGCAGAGAGGGAGCAUAACUUGAAGGAAGGGUGCACAGGGACAUGUGGAACUCAUCACCAUCACAAAGGGAAGAACAUUCUGGAAGAAUGGGAACCUCUUGGUCCUGGAAAGGAGGAGGAGGAGAGGGGGCAAGAAGAAGGCAAGACGAGCAAACCGUUAGGAUUCUGAUUGGAUUUUGCUUCACCGUUCGAGCCGAACAAAUGAUCCAACGCGACCGGUGUAAGCAAGGGUUAUGGCUUAGGCCCCCACUCCAUUGCACCUACCUGCACCGUGUUCUCAGCCUAAUAAUGCCUCACCAAAGAAGGCGCUAAUGCACCCGGCGAGCAGUUUCCUUGCCGAGCUGGGAACCUUCUCAGCGGGUGCUCUCGUUUAAGUCCUAUGCAGAAUUUUCUUCACCUUGAUUUUUGCACCUGUGGUAAUCGGAUCGUUUUGUCAAAUCCCUACUAGAAAUUCAGUUCCCAGCUCAUCAUUCGACAGGCGAGAUGAAUCAU